AUGGGUCGGAGACAAAAAAGUCGCAAGAGCCCGUAUGGCGUAGAGCUCCUCCAAGUCAAACCCAUAGAUUUGAACGAGCAGCCCAAAUUGGAGGAGUUCAUUAAGGAAACCGAGGAGGAAGUUCGAUGGGAAAGCAAAAUUCAGUACUUGCUGACCACUGUUGGCUUUGCUGUCGGACUUGGGAACAUAUGGCGUUUUCCCUACCUUUGCCAAACUUAUGGAGGAGGGGCCUUCCUCAUCCCUUACCUGUUAGCGUUGGUGUUUGAGGGUCUGCCCCUACUUUACCUUGAGAUGGCAAUUGGACAGAGGUUCCGUAAAGGAAGCAUUGGCGUGUGGAAGGAGAUCUCGCCCUUUUUGGGUGGAGUUGGCAUUGGAUCCAUGAUUAUAUCUUUUUGUGUGAGCCUGUUUUACAACUCUGUCCUGGUUUGGGUGCUGUGGUACCUCAUCAACUCGUUCAGAAGUCCUCUGCCAUGGAGCAAGUGUCCAGAGGAUAAUAUCACAGCCAUCAACAAGGAAUGUGUCCAAAGCACUCCAGUCAAUUACUUCUGGUACCGUGAGACCCUGAACAUCUCUACUGACAUUGAGAAAAGUGGUUAUCCGCAGUGGUGGUUAGUGCUUUGCCUGGCAUUGGCCUGGUUUAUGGUCUUCAUCUGUUUUAUCAAAGGACUCAAGUCCAUCGGAAAGGCAGUGUAUGUGACAACCACCUUGCCCUACGCUAUUCUCACUAUUUUUAUGAUCCGUGCCCUCACUUUGCCUGGAGCUAUCGAUGGACUGGUGUAUCUCUUCACCCCUGAUUGGGCGAUGCUGAGGAACCCUCAGGUGUGGCUGGAUGCCUCAACUCAGAUCUUCUUCUCUCUCUCAGUGGCCUUUGGUGGACUGAUAGCAUUCUCAAGCUUCAAUUCUGAGCACAACAACUGUGAGAGGGAUGCGAUUCUAGUAGGACUAAUAAACAGCGCCACGUCCAUAUAUGCAGCCAUACCCAUCUUUGCCAUCCUGGGUUUUAAAGCCCAAAACAACUUGGAAACCUGUCAGAAAGGAAACGUUUUAAUGCUGGUCGAAAAAUUUAAUGUUCUCAACGAGAGUGAAACAAUGACUUAUGACCAGUUAAUUGGGCAUUUGAAUGCAACAAAUCCAUUGGAACUCUCCGAAAUGUCACUGAAACAAUGUGAUCUAAGCACCUACCUUGCACAGAGUGCGUCUGGAACCGGCUUGGCUUUCAUAACCUUCACCCAAGCAGUGCUGGAGAUGCCAAUACCUCAGUUGUGGGCAGUAUUGUUUUUUCUGAUGCUCUUCAGUUUGGGCUUGUCCUCCAUGUUUGGCACCAUUGAGGGAGUGCUCAACCCAAUUUGUGAACUCCAACUGGUGCCCAAAGGGCUCCGCAAUGAAAUUUGGACAGGUUUGGUCUGCUUGGGUGCCUUUUUUCUUUCACUCAUCUUCACUCUGGCUUCUGGGAACUACUGGGUUGAAGUGUUCAACACUUAUAUUGGGUCCAUCCCUUUUCUCAUUGUUGCAUUAUUCGAAGUUAUCGGAGUGGUUUAUGUCCACGGAAUUAAAAAUUUCAGUGACGACAUCUAUUUGAUGAUCGGGAAGAAACCCAAUUGGUACUGGAAAAUGUGUUGGGUUGUCAUCAGUCCGCUGAUGCUCCUUGUCAUAAUGGUUCAAUAUGUGGUCAUCGAGGCAGGGGAGACUCCCACCUUUCACACAUGGAACCCUGAUUACGAACUAUUUCCCCAAACUGAAGCCAAGCCUUAUCCACCCUGGGUGUUUGCCAUCGGUAUUGUGCUUUGUAUUUUGCCUGUGAUUUUCAUCCCACUUGUAGCUUUGUACCACUGCAUCAAGAAGUACAGAUGUCCUGAGACCAACCCGUAUAAUUUUUCUGUUGAGAAUGUAGGGCUGUAG